AUUUUGUUUGUAUCAGAGUCACUGCACUGCGCCUUCGAAAUCAGAAAAGGCGAUCGGUGUCUCUUCGAAGUGCCCUGCAAUCCUCGUUUCUUUUCUAGACUCAGGCCAAUAGCAAAGCUGGAGGACACACCAACCAUGGGAGAUGAGAAUAUAUUCCUGUUUAUUCCGAACCUGAUCGGGUAUGUUCGGGUCAUAUUGCUCAUUGUGGCAUGUUUCUUUAUGGAUACCGAUCCAUGGACCACCGUCGCCUUAUACCUGCUGUCACAAUUCCUAGAUGCCUUUGAUGGCCAGGCAGCUCGCUACUUUCAACAAUCCACCAAGUUUGGUGCUGUUCUUGACAUGGUCACAGACAGGUGCAGCACAUUGUGCCUUUUCAUUGUCCUUGGACAGUUCUACCCGGGACACCUCGUCACUUUCCAGCUGCUGGCUAUUCUGGACAUUGCCAGCCAUUGGAUCCACAUGUACAGCGCCCUGGUACGUGGUGACUCCAGCCACAAGACAAUCGACUUAGCCGGCAACCCUGUGCUUCGCUACUACUACACAAAUCGAUAUGUGCUGUUCUUCUUCUGUGCGGCUAAUGAGCUGUGCUUUGCUGCUUUGUACUUCAUGUACUUCUCUCCCGGACCACUCUUUGUCUUCGUUCCGUGGGACGUCGAGCCCUGGGGCAUGUGGAAGUUGCUGUUCGCCGCGUCCUUGCCAUUCUGCGCCAUGAAGCAGCUCAUUAGCGUCAUCCAGAUGAUCGUAGCGGCGAAGAACAUCGGCGUCAUCGACGUGGCCGAACGUGCCAAGCUGCGCUCAUGACUACUUGUGGACGAGUCGGCCGAGUGCGCUGCAAAGGAGAGAGCCUGACAUCGGGCCAUGCAGCAGCAUAAUGGCUGAAUGACUGGCUGCAUGCACUUGGCGCAAGUUGUAGGAAUGACGGCACGUGCACCCACCAACCUUCUGUUCUGAACUUUAAAAGAAUGUACUCCAUACUUGAUUCGCCACAACUCAACACGACAGCAGAACAGCUGUACCGCUAUGCAACCCCGUUCUGGCUAUAGUCUAGUCCGUGUUGACUUUAAAAAGUACCUGUGUCUCUCUACUCUACGAAUGCUGCUGCCGAUCUUGCUGAUGCUUUUCUGGUAUGGCACUUGCAAUUUGUCCCAUUCAGUUUCCCUCUUCAAGUGUGUGCUUACCCACGUAGAUUUGUCUUUUGUAACAUCAUGCCAUGGUUCUGGCCAGCUUGCAUGCACUUGAUUUCUGGCUUUGACUUCUGUAGACUUGAAGAUUGGCCAGACCGCUUUACAGCCGCGCAUCCUUUUUUGGCUUUUAAAAUUGUGCAACGAACAUAGGUGAAGUACUCCGGUGCCAAGAGUA